GCUUUUUCUCUUCUCUGAUUAUCUACUUUCUGCCUGUGAACGAAAUGACAGAUAAGAAGGUUGCACUGAUUACAGGAGGCGGUAUGUAUACUUUACAAGCUUAAAUCAUAGAAUGCUAGCGCGACUCUGCGCCCUGAUCCUCGGUUGUGGUGCCGGUGAAGGCAUUUUGUCGGUCCACGAUAUCACAUCCAACCACAACUUGCAAACGAUGACCCCAAUCCACGCCAAUUCCAUACAUACAGCCGACUAACACCCAGUCCAGCAUCCGGGAUGGGCCUCGCCGUCGCAACUUCCCUCUCCACCCGCCCCGACUGGUCGGUCCAGAUCCUCGAUCUCCACGCCGAGCGCGGCCACCAAGCCGCCUCUAGCCUGAACGCCACGUUCCACCAAUCCAACGUCACAAACGACACCUCUCUGGCCGCUAUCUUCAAAACCGUUUACGCCAAGCACAACAGACUAGACUUCGUCUUUGCAAACGCCGGGAUCGCUGAGCACGCUAAUUUCUUCGAGCCGCAGGAAGUGGACGACGACCCUGUACUGCCCGUGAAGGGAUUACAUGCUAUUGUGGAUAUCAAUUUGAAAAGCGUGAUCACCACGAGCUACCUCGCGCUGCACUAUAUGCGCAAAUCCCCAGGGAAGGACAAGAGUUUGGUGAUGACAGCAUCCUGUGGUGGUCUUUACCCAAGUUACUACAGCCCCAUCUACACUGCGACCAAACACGCCGUUGUCGGGUUCACUCGCAGCGUCGCGCCUUACUACCACACCAAUGCCGGGAUUCGCGUCAACGCCAUAUGCCCAGGGACCGUGAAAACGAAUCUGCUCAGCUCGAAAGAGUGGGAGAAUUUCCCGGAGGAGUAUUUCACGCCCGUGGAGAAGAUCGCGGAGGUGGUAUGUAUGCUGGUUGAUGGGGAGGAUGAUGGAACGGGGAAGGUUGGGGAGGAGGUGAAGGGUGGAAUGGAGAGUAUCACCAAGGGCGCGUUGAAUGGCCGCGCUGUUGAAGUAAGCGGGAGAAAUCAUUAUUAUAGGGAGAUGGUGGGGUACUGUGACGAGGGCAUGAGAGCGGUUAUGGGGGCGACGAAUAUAGAGGUGUUGGAGAAUGCAGAGGACGUUUGAGGAUGAUGGGGACGAGAGGCAGUCCACGGUUGUGACAUGAUAGACUAGAAUGAAAAUGGGAAGGUAGAGAGUUGAUGAGGCGCAUAAACAGGGUGGGCCUGGUA